AUGAUUGUCCUUCUUUUGGGUUUUUUCUUCGCAUUCUUCGCAAAGGCGCUAUGUUCAACCUACGUCGUCAACCCCCUCGAUAACCAACUUCCUUUGGUUGCGCGGGUCAACCAACCUUUCUCUUGGACCUUCUCCGAGCGAACCUUCAAUUCCUCUGACGGCGUUCCUUUGACAUAUUCGGUCCCCAACCUCCCUUCAUGGUUAUCUUUCGACCCUACGACGCGUACAUUCUCAGGGACGCCCACCUCAGAUGAUGAGGGUAACCCCAAGGUGACUGUGGUCGCGACGGGCGGUCACUCUACCGCUUCCUCCUCCUUGAGGUUCUGUGUUACCUCUUUCCCCGCUCCGACAUUGGCGGUGCCCAUUACGGACCAGUUCAAUCCUUCAAACCAAGCGUUAUCUUCGGUCUUCGUUCUUUCAACUGGAUCGGCACUGGCGAGUCCUAAUCCUGGGCUUCGGAUACCCCCUGGUCCUUGGUCCUUUAGCAUUGGCUUCGAGUGGGGAACGUACACUUCACCUAACGAUAUAUUUUACACGAUCAGACUUGUUGAUGGCAACGACAUUCCUCCUUGGAUGGUCUUCGACCCCGACGACAUCACCCUGGACGGGGUGGUGCCAGCUGACGUCGGAGCCAAUGGACCAGUGGUUUACCCUUUGCUUUUUAUCGCCUCUGACCAGGAAGGAUACGCGGCGGAAACGAUUCCUUUCGACAUUACCAUCGCUGGUCACGAACUGUCAGCCAAUGCUCAGGAACUACCGACCAUCAAUGUAACAGCGGGGACGUCGUUCACAGCUAGUCUUCUCUCACCCGCGGAUUUCACUGGGAUUCUGGUGGACGGAGACUUGAUUCAACCUUCUAACAUCACGCACUUGAUGAUCGAUACCACAGGCUUGGACUGGGUGCGGUAUGACCCACCGAGUCGAACCUUGUCAGGAACACCAGCAAGCAAUCUCUCCCAGUCCAACGGCAGGUUCACGCUCCCCGUCAACCUCACGACCUGGUUCAACCAAACUCUCUCUACAACCGUCUCUAUCCGACUCGUUCCUUCCUACUUUUCACUCCCUGAACUUCCCGCGCUUCAUCUUGCUCCCGGAGACCACUUUGAACUGAAUCUCAACCAAUUCUACUCUAAUGCGACUGCUGGGAGGAGCGGAGAUGCCGACCUGUCGGUGUCACUCGAGCCUGCACAGGCGGCUAAUUUUAUUCGAUUUAACGCGAACAACGAUACAAUCUCUGGAACGAUACCCAAUGAUUUUGCGAGCGACCACCUUAUUGCUGCGUUCACUGCCUAUUCCCAGGUCACUCAUUCCACCUCGCAUGCAACUCUUGUCAUCUUUGUCAGUCCCGGACGGAAUGCUGCGCUACCCCGCCCUGCUGGGCUAUCUGUGGAGGGCCAUCGGAGGCUUGUCCUUGGUCUUGCGAUCACUUUUGGCGUCCUUGGUGGCUUAUUGGUCAUGACGUGUUUCUUCGCUUGGCUAAGGCGUGUCGUACGCGUGGAGGAUACUGCACUGACUGGAGAAGAGGGCAGGUAUGGAUGGACCAAGUCAGAACGCAGGUAUUACGGCCUCGACGUAAGCUCGGAGAAGGCUUCUUCGAUGAGCGACCUCACUUCACAGCACCAUCAGUAUGGCCAACCCCCGGGCAUUCUGGAUCCAAGGCGCUCUGGAUCCAGUUUCGGUCAUGGUCUUCAGCCUAGUAUCCCUGAGCGGAACUAUCCGACCAUUGGAAACGACAUGUACUCGGAUGUGAUGAGCAAACGGGAGUUUAUGUCUAGGGUUCGACAGACUGUUCGUCAGGUCAGCAAUCGGUAUAAUGGGAGGGGGAAGCAACAGUCGUCUCCUCUUCGUCCGGUCAUUGGGAGGCCCAUAUUGCUGCGCCCUUCGAUUGGGAUGGACUUGAAUCCUUCUGGGAACCCGCAGAUGCGACCCUCGCCCUCGAACCCGUUCGACGACGUACACAGUCACCGUGCCAGUACCUUCAUGACUGGAUCCCCAUCCACCUCGACUGCGGAACAUUCGAUCCCUCGACGAAGGGCCGACUUUGCACCACCUCGCUCGAUGGCUCAGGUUCAUUUCGAGGACGGGCAUCUCGUUCGACAACCAUCGUAUGCUUCUGCUGGGUCAGACAGGCUAGAAGUUGUUUCUAGGCAUACGAGUGUCAGGAGUGGACGUAGCACAAGCCAUCUAUCUCACGAGUAUGAUCCUGACGGUCCUCUUGCACGACCCAGGCUGGUGCCCUUCACGAGCUCAACGCGUGUCCCUGUGCCUCGCGUCCCUUCCCUUAUUGCCAGCCCUUCUGCUGGUCCGACUGCCAGCCCGAGUGCCACCAAGAGUCGCAUUGGUAGUCAGCGAGCAAAGAUCGUCAAACCAAGCGCAGCGGGGGAUGGCAUAGCGAAGAGCACCAGUGCGGAUGAGUUGACCAUGGGCCUUCAUUAUGUCCAGUCACUGGGCGAUCAAUCUCCUGCAGUUGCAGAGCCUCCGAAACCUCCUCGAAGGGCACAGGAAGUGACGAGAUAUGUCCUUCGGACGGGAGAAAAAUUCCAUAUCCGACUGCAGAUCCCUGCAACAGGACAGAAGAUUCAAGUGACCCAAGUGUCCGGACAAGAGAUACCCAAAUUCUUGCAUGUGGACGUCAACGCGGUGAAAGGCAUGGUAGACUUCACCGGUAUAGCCUUAUCUCGAGAUCUAGGAAUGCUGACUGUUGGGGUAUAUGCGGACAAGGAGCUGGUUUCAAAGGUCAUUCUGGAAGUGAUUCCAAGGCGGUGA